AUGGCAACCAAGAACACAGGAGCUGAACCAGCCUUGGACCCCAAGAGGCCAGGCUAUCCAAAUGUCAACACCCACCCUUGUCCCGGAAGCAGUCCUGGGCACGCUGACCCCACAGCUUCCAACAACCAGCCCCUGAGGACUGGCCCUGGAUGCUGGGACUUGGGACCCAAAGCGGGGCUUUCCCACCGCCUCUUCCCGCCGCUGCAGCGCGGGGAGCGAGCGCCACCUGUAGGCCGCCGGGGGAGGAGGAGGGAGACUCGAGGGGAGGGCCACCGGCCCCAGCCUGGAGAAGAUACCACCUGGCGUCCUGGCCGCCUGCUUGGCCACUCCGCCUCCAUCCACUUCCCCACCCAAGGCUCUGCCUUGAUGCUGGGACACAGGAGGCUGCGACACCCUCGGCCCAGCUGGGAGCUGCCGAGGGAGGCGGAGGAGCUGGGGAGGACCCGGGCUGCUUCCGGCCACAUCUGGACAACAGAGGGUCUGGGCCACCAAGCUCGCCGUGGGACACCUCGGUGUGAAUUUGGAAAAGGGAGGCGACAGUGGUGCCUUCUGGAUGCUUCCGUGCCAGGAAAUGUGGCCGGACCCCAGCGCCCAAGGCUGUCCACGGCUGCAGGUGUCCUUCACCCUCUCCUUCCUCUUGCAGACGUGGACGAAUGUCAGCAGAGCCCACGGGUCUGUAAAAGCUACGGCAUCUGCAGCAACACCCUGGGCAGCUACACCUGCCACUGCCCGCCCGGCUUCGUGCUCAAACCGGAGGACCCAAAGCUCUGCGCAGACGUGAAUGAAUGCACCUCCGGACAUAACCUGUGCCACAGCUCCACCCACUGCCUCAACAAAGCGGGCAGCUAUGAGUGCCAGUGCCGCCCGGGCUGGAGGCCGGUUCCCGGGUCCCCCAACGGCCCAGCCGACACCGUCUGCGAAGAUGUGGACGAGUGCGGCUCCGGGCAGCAUCGCUGCCACACGUCCACCGUGUGCAUCAACACUGUGGGAUCGUACAAGUGCCGCUGCCGCCCAGGCUGGAAGCCCAAACCUGGGCUCCCGAAUAACCAAAACAUCACUGUCUGUGAAGAGACGCCCUUUACCAACUGGACCCCCCCCCCCGGGCUCCCACAGCCGGGGCUGGUGGAAGAGUGGACACUCUGGUUGUUCCACACGCGGUUAGACUGUUACUGUCUUUCCUCUUCCUGCUCCUGGACGUAG